AACUGGUCCUUUAUUGGAUACUGUUACCUGACCUAAUUUCUCUUUUGGACAUAAUUAGCUUUAUAGCUAUUGAAUUAUAGUUAACUUUUAUUAAUUUAAAAAAAAAUACCAUACUAGAAAGGAACUAGUAUUCCAAGUAUAAAGUACAGAAAAGACUCUCAAAGAUGAACCAGAGUUCCGGAAUGAACGAGAGCUUAAGGUAUCGUUACCUGGACGAGCUGCAGAAUAAGACAAAUCUAACCCUCAUACCUGUGUUCAUCUACCUGUUUUUGUUGCUGUUCCUAGGUCUACUAGGGAACUCUCUGAUUUUGGUCGUCUAUCUGAAGAAGCAGAGAAAAACAGCGACGAUUAUUUUGAUAUUGUCUAUCGCUUUGUUGGAUCUUAUAACGAAUAUUGUUAUCAUCCCAGCGACGCUGUACGACUUCUUCCACACGUGGAACUACCAUCACGCCCCCUUGUGCAAGUCGUACCUCUACCUCAACAACUUCAUGGCGUCAGCAUCGGCCAUCUUGUUACUGGCGGUCGCCGUGGUCAGAUAUAGAAAGAUCUGCAACCCUUUCAAAAAACAAGUGACAGCUAAACAGGCCAAAAUCAUAAGCGCUGCCAUUAUCCUGAUAUCCCUAGUGUGGAGUAUCCCAUACGGGAUAACCCAUGGUCGCCAGACGAAGACAACUCCGAAUAAAAACAUCACCAGCUUCCAUUGCAGCAUAGACGACGAUUUUGUAGGCACCAUUUGGCCGGAAGUUGUCAAUGGGUUCGCCAUUGUGGUAUUUUUAGCCUGCGGGAUUCCCCUGUCGGCGAUGUAUGUUUUUAUCGGGAUUCAAGCGUGGAAGCACAGCCAAAUUUACGGCAUGCGCACAUCUUCAAGAAGGAGGCACGCGGCACAAGCAAAGAUAAAAAACAACGUCGUUGAACCUGGAUUGAAGAACGAAGAUAAAACCGAAGAAAAGAGUACCUCGACCGACGAAGACGAAGAAGAAGAAACCGAGGAAACAAAAGAACAAAACCGAACCCAAGAAACAAUCGAUUUAUCGCUGACGAAAGAAAACAAAAACGAAACUAGCUCCGUAUCGGGAAUCACCGCUACGCAGUCUAAAACCGGAAAUGCAGUAACUGACCUACCCACGAAUCGUAACAGGCGACACGUCAACGGAAAAACGACGCUGAUGUUGUUCGCUAUAAGCGCGGUGUACGUCGUGACUAACUUAACGACGCUGUGUCUUGUUCUAGUCCGAGCGGUCAAAACUGAUUAUAUAAACAGCCUGGGCAUGGUGGCUGAUUCCUUCUAUAAACUCUUCAUGCUGAGUUACUUACUGAACUGUGCUGUCAAUCCCAUCAUAUACAGCAUGUGUGACAAGCACUUCAGACAGCAGUGCUUGUAUAUACUGUCUUAUCUUAGAUGUUGUUAAUAUAGUAGGCUACUUGCGUAUAUAUAUAUAUAUAUAUAUAUAUAUAUAUAUAUAUAUAUAU